UGCACAUGAUUACUGUAUGGCAUAACAGGCGCUUACCGGCCCUUGUUAUUGAUUCAAACGAGUUUCACGUCGUCACCCUCUGAAAUCCAUCAUCUCUCUCUCCACCAUCUGACACGAUGUCUGUCAUCAUCUCUACACCAAUCACCGAGCUUUUUGGGAUCAAACAUCCCAUAUUGCUCGCAGGCAUGAAUGUGGCGGCUGGUCCGGAACUGGCAGCUGAAGUGACGAACGCAGGUGGACUAGGUGUUAUCGGCGGGCACGGCUAUACCCCAAAGGUGCUCAGGCAGCAGAUUCAAGCUAUCAAGAAGGACUUGAAGAAUCCAAAUGCACCAUUUGGGGUUGACCUACUCAUUCCUCAGGUUGGCGGGAAUGCAAGGAAAACAAACUAUGAUUACCAGAAUGGGAAACUAAAUGAGCUUAUUGAUAUCAUCAUCGAGGAGAAAGCGGCUCUUUUCGUGUGCGCUGUCGGUGUGCCGCCACAGCAGGUAGUCGAUAAGUUACAUAGCGCUGGUAUACCCGUCAUGAACAUGGUCGGACAUCCCAAACAUGUCCCGAAAGCACUUGCAGUGGGAGUUGAUCUAAUCUGCGCUCAGGCCGGGGAAGGCGGUGGUCACACAGGCGAUGUCCCGGCAUCAGUCCUCAUUCCUGCAGUCGUUGACGCAUGUCGCGGACAUGUCUCUCCGCUGACAAAGAAGCCGGUGUACGUUAUCGGUGCUGGUGCGGUGUACGAUGGGCGCGGACUCGCCGCAAAUUUGGCGUGGGGAGCACAAGCGGUCUGGGUAGGCACCAGAUUCGUUGCAUCCACGGAAGCAAAUGCGCCCAAGGCACACAAAGAUGCGCUCGUAACCGCAGGAUACGAGGACGCCGUCACGACUCUGAUUUUUACCGGACGACCCCUCCGGGUCAGGAGAACGCCAUACGUCGAGGACUGGAAUAACAAUCGCCAGGCGGAGAUUAAGGAACUCACAUCCAAGGGUAUUAUUCCUGCGGCUUGGGACAUUGAACAACACCCGGAGAAGUCGCUAGAGGCUAGAACAUUUUUAAUAGGAAGAGUGGCAGCGCUCAUCAAUGAAGUGCUGCCUGCUCAGCAGAUUGUGGAUGAGAUGGUGUCAGAUGCAGCGAAGAUACUGCAGCACGGCGCUUCCCUAGUGUCGACUAAGGCAAAGCUAUAGGUUAUAGGUUUCUUAGAUAUAUAUUUGUUCAGGCGCCCGUAUAGUGUGAAUGUGACUUUUCUUUGUCUUGAA